CGAACGCCGCAAGCUCCGAGUACUACUGCACUGUUUACUUCUGACGAAUCCAUGGACUCGACUUCCACGUCCCCCAGCUCUCGAGGAGAAUCGAAAAGCCUGCGCUCGCCCUUCUCGGAUCCUUCCAUCGAGAAACUGUCCAACGUCUCGACGCCACAGGACAGACGUAAGAAGAGGAGCCGAGCAGCAGACGACUGCUGGAACGUGUUGACGGAAACAUUUGGCCACUCGGAGUAUAAAGGGAAGCAGAAGGAGAUUGUGCACGCCGCUGUCCAUGGGGCAGAUGUUUUCGUGCUAGCGCCGACUGGAAUGGGCAAGAGUAUAUGUUUUCAGGUCCCUGCGAUAGCUGCUCAACACGGAGUCACCGUGGUCGUGUCUCCUCUCCUCGCGCUUAUGAAGAAUCAAGUUGCCAAGUUACGACGUGCCGAUAUAUGCGUUGUCGCCUUCACCUCCGAGACCUCUCGAGAGGAGAAACAAGAUCUAGUGCAGGACCUGCAUUCAGGGGAUCCCACCACUCGACUGCUCUAUGUGAGCCCAGAGAAGUUCUGCGCUGCAGAAUUUACCAAGAUGCUAGCCGUUCUUUACGAACAAGAGAGGUUGAACCGAUUAGUCGUUGAUGAGGCUCAUUGUAUAUCGGAGUGGGGUCACGAUUUCCGUGCAGAGUAUCGGCGGCUCGGUCUCUUCAGGGACAGAUACCCAAAUAUACCUAUCAUGGCACUGACUGCGACAGCAACUCCAGCCGUGCAGGACGAUAUCGUGCGUAGCCUGAAGAUAUCAGAGGGUAACCUGUUUAAAGUCGUCCAUCCGUUCAAUCGGGAAAAUCUGUUUUAUGAGGUCCGAUAUCUGUCUUCCCCGGACCCGGACGCACACAAAGUCGAUGUCUUUGAAUACAUCAGUGGUCUGCAUAGACGCCGAGGACAACCCUCUUCCGGUAUUAUCUAUUGUAGAACGCGCGCCAGAUGCGACGACCUGUCCGCCUAUUUGCGAGGCAAAGGACUGAACGCCAGACCAUAUCACAGAGGGAUCAGGCCUUCUGUUCUUGAUAGGACACUGGAAGAUUGGGCCUGUGGAGGAACAGGGAAAGGAGGAGUCGACGUGGUUUGCGCCACUAUAGCGUUUGGCAUGGGUAUUGACAAGGCCGAUGUCCGGUACAUUCUUCAUUAUGAUCUACCCAAAAGUUUUGAAGGUUACUAUCAAGAGACUGGAAGGGGAGGGCGCGAUGGUCUGCCAUCAAAGUGCAUUUUGUUCUACUCCAGGGAGGACGUAGUCAGAGUGCAAAAGUGGGUGGGCGGAUCGCAUGAAAAGCGGUUGAUGCGCGCAGAAUCUAUGGAAGGCCCGAUGCCUAGUCAGAGAGCAAUAAACAGCCUGAGAGCACUGAUCAACUUCGCUGAAGGCGUUGACACUUGUCGACAUGUUGCUAUUUGCAAGUAUUUUGGUGAAAAGAUUGAUUCGAGCAAACCGGAAGUCGUCAAAAGAUAUUGCAAUGAUAUGUGCGAUGUCUGCAAGUCUCCAGAAAAGACAAAGCGACGCAAGCUGGAGCUAUCAUCACAAGAACUCGUCAGCUCCCAGACAGCAAUGCUCCAACGGCAAGCAGACAGUACCGAGGACGAAGACGGGUACUUCCGUAUCCAAGAGUCUAUUCGCGGAAACGCUGCUGGCCCUUCUUCCGCGAACCCCAGGAACGACAUGAGCAGCGGGUGGAGGAGCAACUUCAGGGCGGGUGACGAGAGUCAUGGCAUAGACCGGUCUAACACGAUCAGUAUGAACACAACGUCAAGUGGCUCCAGAAAGCGACCGACUUCAGCAUUCCCCGAUGAUCAGAAUCGUAGUAAGAAGGCCAAGAUAAGUUUUUCUACACCUGCUCCUCUGGGCAUGUCAUCACGGCUCAGGCAAAGUUUGAACAAGCCAUUCCGGUCACCUUUCAGAACACCCUCUUCUGAACACACUCUCCAAGAUCGCUCGCACAGUAUCACAGAGCCGCCUGCUCCCACCAUACACGAAGCGGAGGAGGUCCACGAUGUGGUGGAGAUUUCCUCUGAACCACCUCUCGAGGCAUCAGAUGAAGAAUCAGUGCCGUCCGCUGACGAUGACGAGGAGACUCGGAUAGAACUUCCUCAAACAGAUGUAGAAAUGGACGUGCUGUUCUCACGGAAGAUCUCACUCCCGUUGCGCAUGCAGACGUUCACUUCCAUCAGAACCGUACUGCAUAGGACCUUCGCAGAUACAACAAGCGGUGACCACUUGUGGGAGAAGUUGAACUUGUCCGAAGCCACCGAGGAGCUGAAGAAUGACGUCCUAGCUAGGGUCGCACGAGACUUAGAGUUCGGGUUGCACUCUCUUUCGUCCACGGAGGAAGGCUACAAAGCACGGUCACUUACUCAGCUCAAGAUAGUCAGAGCAGUGCGGAAUGCAGCGGCAUGGAAGACGACUGGCGGCGAUGACCUUGAAAACGAAAGAGAAGUCGUUCAGUUACUGAUGCGGACCUGCACCGACUCGCAGAAAGGCUAAGGGGAAGGAUAGAUUAUAGGAUAUGACUUGUACUUUGCGGUACACAUGAGAGCUACAGUUAAACGUGACAAAUGAAUGGGAAUACUAUAAAACACUCG